GUCUAUUUGCAUAAGGAUGAGCAAUCUAAAUAAUUUAUAUCAUUGGUCAAUGUCAAACGUCACUCCAUCAUUAUCACCUGUCAAGUUAUCGUAUUUCAUUUUUUUCAGUAAAAGUAAAAUAAUAAUCCUAGUUAGUCCACUUUUAUUGAAAAAUAAACCAUGGGUAAAGGAUUCGGCCAAUUACACAGGCUAAGAGGUAUUGUUGUAUUCAAGUUAUCUCAUUUCGAGCAGAAAGCUUUUGCUGGUAUUAUAUCUCAUGGAUUUCCCAAUACGCUUCGUAGAAUAUUAGAUCAAAUUCCCUACGUUGUUCCUCCUCUUGGACUUGCUUACAUUAUAUACGACCAAACGGAAAAAGAGCACCAUAGACUAAUGUUAAAAAAUCCUGCUGAUUAUGAAAAUGAUAAGUGAAGUGUAAUUGU